UUCAGUCUCCUGUGUCUCACCCAUCUUUUCGCUCACUGUCGCGGCUCUAACCUUGUCAACAUCACCACUCCUUGCUGCCAUGCUCCCUGCUCAAAGGAACAAAGUCGACAUCAGCAAACUUACGGAGGAAGAACAGAAGUUGUUUCGCCUUUAUGGAAAACUGCCAACGCACAAGAAUGUCUUAAACAAAAUGCAGAAGGACCGUAAAUACUUCGACUCUGGUGAUUAUGCACUCUCAAAAGCAGGAAAAGCUCCUCAAAACACAGUUGGCACUGCUAUUCCAAGCCCUGAGAACAUCCCUCAUGCAACUUCACCAUCCGUGAGCCAUACUCUCUCCUCAUCUCCUACCAACAAUGCCACAAGUCCAAUCAAGGAAAGCCCGUUGGCCGAGCCCGAGCGCGCUGCCUUCCAAGAGGCCGAACCUACACCUGUCGGCGGAGAAGUCGCCACAGCGGAGGCGUCGGAUAUACCUGUAGAGGCAGAAGUUGAAGAUAAUGCCGAGUAAUGCCAGAUUCAAGGUCCUCAGGUGCGGUGGAUUGUGCUAUGCUUCCUUUUCAAGAGUCGCGCGACCUCCAAACACAAGAACAAUAAUCCUGCUUGAAUCUCCCUUAUUGCCUACUGUGUCGCCUUUGUACUAGUGUCCUCAAUCUGGUCGGAUUGUUCUACGAUUCAUCUUUGUCUUCCUCCGUGCCUGUAUGAUUUGUUAUGGUUGCGUACGGCUGAAACUCCGCCGCCAAAUCGUCGAUCAUUAAUUAGUUUUAUAUUGCUCCUGUAUACUUGUACAUCAUCAUCUUCAGCCAUUGUAAGCCGCAUGUGUCUAUAAAGGACCUAGCUGACGAUGACCUGAGGACAAUGUGUAUCCAAAAUGGGGUCUCGGGACCCCCAAGCCUGCGAUAAUUUGUAUGUAAACUCGGCCUUUCCGGCCUGGCGGCUGGA